UUUUAAAGUAAUAAAUUGUGAUGGACCAAAACUGCCUUUUGUACGAAUUAUAUUCAUAAAAUAAAAUUGUAUCAAAUGGGGCCAACUGUUUCUUACGUGUUUUUGUAAUCUUAUUGUUAUCUAAUAUUGUAGAAUAAUGCCUAUUACAUAUAACCGUGGUAAUGUAAGGAAGAUCGCGUUUCGAACAAGAGGAAGAUCAGCACAAUCCCUUGAUGCUGGUGGCCCUCGUGUCGACCCUGGCGGCGGUGGAGACGGCCGCUUAUUUCUUCAAAUUAGACCUGCACUACCAGAUCCACGAGCAGCAUUCGCUCAGAGAUCAAAUACAACGCUGUCAGGAAAUGAUUUCGUGCAGAAAGAAGAUAGCAAAGAUGAAACUAUUAAUCUGCAAGCUGUGGGCGAAGGAAAAGUUCAACUUUUUAGAACACCACAAGAAAAAGAUCGGUUACCCGAUAGGAUCAGUCUUGACAGGAGGGGCCUUUCAUCGAUACCUCACAUAGUCGGGGAGCCCGGCUUACGACUUCUGUCAUUACAACACAAUCUAAUAAACAGUUUGUCAGGGUUGUCUCCGUUAGAUUUAGGAAAACUCGUGUUCCUCGAUGUAUAUGACAACCAAAUUGACAAAAUAUCUUCUUUAGAAAGGUUAUUUGGAUUACGAGUACUUUUGAUGGGGAAAAAUAGGAUAAAAAGGAUUGAAGGCCUCAACAAUCUGAUAAAAUUAGAAGUUUUAGAUUUACAUGGAAAUAGGAUAGGAAAAGUUUGCGGUUUAUCUAACUUAAGUGAACUGAAAGUGCUCAAUUUAGCUGGUAAUCAGAUCAAAUGUGUCGGACAAACGGAUCUCCAGGGUCUUGUAUCACUAAGAGAACUGAAUUUGAAACGAAAUCGUUUACGAAAGCUUCUUGGAUUUCAAAAUACGCCAAAACUACAAAAGCUGUAUCUUGGUAACAACGAUUUACAAAGUGUAGAGGACAUGUCGUCGCUUUCUGAGGCAGUUUCUCUAAUCGAUGUGUCUUUGGAUGGGAAUCCUGUGGCUUUAGGUGGAGAUUGUGUGCCGUUCCUUGUCUCAUACCUUCCUAAUUUACUUACUUUGAGCAACAUGCACGUAACUGAACAGGUACGAAGAGCUGCUAUGGCAUGGCGAACUAAUAAAGAAGCAGCACACGCUGCUUACUGCGCACUAGGUGGAGCCGCCCAACAAGAAGCCAGGCGAGAUCAAAUCAUUAAUAACGCACGUACCAAUUGGGAACUGCUGAGAUCCGAAAAUAAAUGCUUCAUACCUUCAACAAGUCCAACCAAGAAUGUAGACAUUGAUAAAGAAUUCUCUAUAGACGCGACAGCAGUAAUAACUCCACCUGGUGGACCUGAAACAUUAGCUGAAGCGGCUGCACUUCCUGAUGUGGUUGUGUCUCUACAACAAGCUGAAACCGAAGACUCCGACUGUAAAAACACUAGUAGUGAUGCCAAUGCUAAGGCAAGUACCGACAUUGCGCCUAAAGCAUCACCAAUGAGAAAGUUACAAAGAAGUUCAACAGCUAGGAAACCGUCUGAAAGAAGAGUUAACUUCUCAGAUAGAAGUGCUUCUCAAGAUACAGAUGCUUCUCACUCUACAUCGACUAGUAGUGAUUUAAGAUUACCUCCUAUACUCUUACCAAUCAUAUCUUCUUUGGAAAACGUAAAACUUGCAGACAGUUCGGAACCGAUUUUGAAACGUUGGGAAAGUAUUUCAAGUGUUGAUCCAGUCGUUGAUUCUUCAUUCAGUUCACUUCCAACAUCGAGCAGUGACAGUGAAGAGGAGACGAAGAAGAGACCUAUUCGUCGAAUGGCAACGGCGUUGAGACGACGAGAAAACUUCAGUACCAUGCGUUCAAAAUCUGUCUGUGACCCCGAGAGUCGUAGGUCUAAAUCUAAAAAUUCAGAUAUCAGUGAAAAUGCGAGCAACAUAUCAAGUAGCACGAAUGUCGGUUCCGUUGCCAAUUCAUCGACUUCAGGGAGUGAUCAUAACAGCAAAGUAUUGCGAAGGGAAGGAUCUCUCAACAGUAGAACAAGCAGAAACAUAAGGAGUGCAACAAUAUCACGUAGAAAUGAAAGAGCAUCGUCAGCAAACAGAGCAUCUACGGCAAGAGCAAAAUCAGUGAAAAACUUGAAUUUAGCUAACUUCAAAUCAUCAGAACCUGUGCCGAAAUCGUUGCCGGCUUCCAAAGAUAGAGAACAAGGAGUUGAUUACUUGGUAGAAGUUUGUGACGGAGUGGUGAGUGCAUGGGGUGCUGGAGCUGUGCGGCGUUUGGCUCGUGAUUGGGAUUGGGAACGUGCACGGACCGUCACUCGAGCGGCCUACCAUUACGUACAUUAUAAUGCAGUGGCUCAAUCGCUGCCAGAGUUAAAGUCGAAGUUCCCAAAUGUUAGCCACAUCUCAGUGCGUGCGACAGGGCUCCAAUGGCUUGGACAAUUACACGCUCUGGCGGAACUUCGAGGUGUUACUGGGCUUACAGUAUUACCAGAAGGAAACCCGAUUUAUGCCAAAAUAUGGAGAGAAUAUGCUAUUUAUAGACUUGCUCAUUGGGGACUAAAAGAGAUUAAUGAUGAACCGGUAACUGACGAAGAAAUAAAGACAGCGAAUAGGACAUACGCAGGUCUCAGUGACAUAGUUCUCAGAGCUAUACCAGAUGCUCCGUUGCAACCGUUGUUAUCAAGACUAGGACGAAGUGGUAACAGUGCCGUAAGUGCUAAAGCUUGGUUAAGAGCUGCUGAUCCUGCACUAAGAGACGUAAUUGCAAAAGAAGCCUUGCAGUACAAAAAAGGAAAUGUUUCACAGGAGGAUAUGAGCUGGCGUGUCCGGGGACGUGGACAACUAUCUCAUGCCAUCGAUUUAGCUUGUGGUGCUGCACAAAGGCUGAGAGCUCUUGAAGUCCAAUGGCCGACGAUAUUAGUUGAAAUGAUUGAAGACAUUCUGAGAGACUUUGCACACAUGGAAACACACGUAAAAGAACAAAUGAAAAUGUUGAUGGAAACCAUGUGAACUUGAAUAUAGUGUACUAGCUUAAUUUAGAAUUGAAUUAGUGUCAAACGUCGCGCCGCCAAAUAUCUAGAUUUAUAAUUUUAUAUUUCUGACAUUAAUAAAAAUAGUUAAUUGCAUUAGUAUAAUUGUCACUAGAUAGAUAGAUAGUUAAUUGAUCAAUUUAUUUAUUUUAACUGAUUGUGUAACGUAUAUUAAUGCCAUAAUAAUAAUUUUCUUGUGGGCUAAGCACCCACAGACAUGUUAUUUUUAUAAGUUUUCUUUACCUUUAACAUUUUGUAGUAAAAAAUACCAGUAAUUUUGUCGACUGAACAUUAUGUAACUUGCUCAAUAUAGGUAGGAACUGAUCAAUUAAUAGCAUGUGUAGCAUAUUGUAGUAACUCAGGUGUUAAAACAUUGAACUAAGUAGUCAUUAGUUUAUUAGUAAAAUAUUUUAAGUUACCUAAUCAAUAAUACCAAUAGUACUACUUAGGUGAUGAACUGCCUUGCAUGUGCCUCCUUGUUAUAAUAAAAACUAUUUGUAACUAAGCCUUGAUUCAUUAUAAUAGCGUUAUAAAUAAAUUCUCGCUGUAGCCAUGAUGUUAGUGCCGAUAGAUUUUAAGAUGAAGAAGAUUAAACAAAAGUAAUAAAAUAUUAAGUUAAUGUCUUUGGCGCCAAGUCAGGCGGAACCGAUAUCAGUACAAAAAACUAACUUGGCUCAGCAAUAUUAUUUAGACCGCUCAAACAGCAAGUAGAUGCAUUGUUUACAGCGUCAAUUCAGCAGUUUUAUUUGGUAAUUACUGAGUGAUAUGAACAUAAUUAUAACUGGAUCCCGUCAGGGCAAGAUCGAAAAACCUUAUUUAAUUAUUUUGAACGCAACAUGAAUCAAUGCUGCCAAUCUAAUGAAUUUAAAUCUUUGACAUUUACUUUAUUUGUCAACCAAAUACGUCAAAUUGAUUUCAGUAGUAUCGUGGAUCGUGAUCUAAAAUAAUAGGUAAAUUCAUAUUUUUAUACGCGUGUUUGCUGUAUAAUGAAUCAGUGAUCUCACGAAAUGGACGACACUGAGAGCACUACCACGUCUGCUGAUGAGAAUACUGGUAAUUUGUGCGACAACCCUAC